AUGUCGAUACGCGGUACAGCAGGGUAUAAUUUGGGUGGGCAGAACUCAUUCGGAGGAGGAUCAAGUAUGGGUGGUAUGGAUAAGCAGAAUGAACCUGGUGCUCUUGAUGCGAUCAGGGAGCAAACAAGCAAAAUUGAGGAUUUCUUGGAUACUUUAAGUGAACCUGUUAAGCCAUACUUACCAGCGAUCGGACGAUUCCUAAUCGUUGUUACAUUCUUGGAGGAUGCCUUAAGAAUAAUUACACAAUGGAGCGAUCAACUAUUAUAUCUGCAUGAUUACCGACACAUCCCAAGCGGUCUUACACAUAUCUUCCUAAUCCUUAACGUCCUCGCAAUGAUUUCGUGCUCUACACUUGUUAUCGCACGAAGAUACUCGGAUUACGCUGUUGGUGGAUUGAUUGGUGUUGUGGUGGUACAGGCACUCGGAUAUGGACUCAUCUUUGAUCUCAACUUUUUCCUCCGAAAUCUUUCGGUCAUGGGUGGUCUAUUGAUGGUUUUGUCCGAUUCAUGGGUCCGCAAAUCCAAGGCAUUUGCCGGUCUCCCAGAAAUAGACGAGAAGGACCGCAAAAUGUACUUCCAGCUCGCUGGUCGUGUCUUGUUGAUCUUCCUCUUCGUUGGAUUCGUUUUCAGUGGCACCUGGAGUAUUUGGAGAGUGAUUGUGGUCGUUUUCGGUCUCGUUUCCUGCGUUAUGGUUGUAGUGGGUUUCAAGGCAAAGUUCAGUGCUAUUAUGCUUGUUCUUAUCUUGAGUGUUUUCAAUGUGUUGGUGAACAACUUCUGGACUCUUCACGAACACCACCCCCACAAGGAUUUCGCCAAGUACGAUUUCUUCCAAAUUUUAUCAAUUGUUGGAGGUCUCCUACUCCUUGUCAACAGCGGACCAGGGAAAUACUCCAUCGAUGAGAAGAAGAAAGUCUACUAA